GCACUCUCUUCAGAAGUGAAUUGUAUUCUUGAAGUGAAUUAUGUCAUGGAGCGUCUAUAUCGAUGUAAUAUUUGCCUAGAAUUCGUUUCAGAUUCUCUUCAAUUACUAAUAACACAUAUUGGCCGUGUUCAUCGUGAUGAACCAAAUUUUCAUGUUGUUUGUGGCAUCGAUGGUUGUGCCAGGACGUUUAAGAAAUUUUUAUCAUUGAGAAAUCACCUUAUUCGAAAACAUAACAUCGUGCGCAAUACGAGGAACAGCGCAGAGUUGAAUACUGAUAGGGGAAACGACGAUGCUAAUCAAAAUCAUGAGAUUGAUAAUACAGACCCUGAACAGGGAGAAGAGUUUGACAUUAUGGCUGACCAGGACAAUUUAUCUAGAGCGAAUGCUUUAUGUUUGUUAAAUUUCAAAGACAGAGGACGUGUACCUCAAACUGUUGUUGAUUCCUUCGUUGAGAAUGCUACGAAGGUUACUCAAACAAGCAUUAACCUUUUAAAUUCUGGUAUAACUAGCUGCCUUAAAAACGCUGGGAUUGACUUAAACAACCUACCAGAGGUGAAUGAGUUAUUUGAUGAAGACAACCCAAUCUCAAAUCCUUUUGCUGGUAUUGACCAAGAGUAUCUCCAAUAUGAAUACUACAAGAAGGAGUUUAAUCUUGUGGAACCACAAAAGAUUGUUCUUGGAAAAUACCACACAAAGAAAAGAAGAGGAAAUAGAUUGAGAGAUGUCGAAAAAACAGAUGAUGCAUACUAUAUUCCCUUGUUGGAAAGUCUGCAACAGCUUCUUAAUGAUGAGUCAAUUCUUAACGAGGUGGAAAAUCCUCAUUUUGCAACAGUGAUUUUUGUCUGA